GCCAUUUAUAAAUCAAAAUGUGACAUGAACGUCCAAUUAAAGCUUGCAAUAUGACUUGAAUAAAUAGAUAAUAUACUGAAUAAGAUAUACAUAUCUAAAUUGGAAGUGAUCGAAAUUUUCGUGAUAUAUGCUAAUAAUGAUUGGUCAAUUCCUCCUGAAGAUAAAGAGUAUAAGGUAUAAGGGUCACAGCUAUCAAUCAAUACUUCAUUAUUUCGAUCCAUGGCAUUACCUUACAUCAUUCAAUAACACAGCAGGAUCAUUAUUUUUUGUGAGCAAUUCAACAAUCAGAAAGGUCGUUUAUAGGAGUAGUGGUACCAUUCGACCAUCAUGAGCCAUAAUUUGAUCGUUUCUUUGAUAGCGAUCAUUUUUGCAUCAGUUUCCCAUGGUUGGAACUACAAAGAACAGGACAAAUGGCCAGGAUAUUGCCAAAAUGCCAUCGCUCAGUCUCCUAUCGAUCUUGAUGAGAGGUCCAUGAUAAGGAUCGAUAUGAAACCACUUAUGUUCAAGAACUGGGAUAUAGAAUACAAUGCUACAAUGACCAAUAACGGACAUACAGUUCUUGUGGAGCUUAUCAACAAAUUUCCGGUAUCUGUAUCAGGAGGGGGACUUCCAGGUUCAUACAACUUAGUUCAGUUCCAUUUUCACUGGGGAUCUGAACAUACGAUAGAAGGAAACCGGAAAGCGUUGGAAUCGCAUUUUGUUACUUACAACAAUAGAUACAAAUCCUUAGAAGAAGCUUUGAAGUAUAGGGGCGGAAUCGCAGUUUUAGCCGUUUUGUAUGAGGAAUCUGCAAGACAAAAUGACAAGUUCAACCCAAUUGUUAGAAGUUUACAAAAAAUCAAGAAAACGAAGCAGAAAACUGAAAUAAAGAUCAACCCAACCAAACUACUGCCAAGAGAAUUCACGAGAUUCUAUAGAUAUGACGGAUCUCUUACAACUCCUGACUGCAACGACGUGGUAGUAUGGACAAUUUUCAGUGAAUUGGUCCCAAUUUCGAAAGAUCAAGUGAAACAAUUCUCAUCGAUAAGAGAUGCAGAAGGAAAGAUGUUGUCUCAAAAUUUCAGAUUUAUACAACCACUCAACGGAAGAACAGUUUUUGAAAUAUACACUGAUGAUGUUUGUUGUUAGUAAUUGAAAAUUACACGAAUAAAUAACAACUGUGAAA